AUGGAUCCACCUGCGAUUCCUCAUAUCACUCAAGGUUUUUAUCCUCUAUUUAAUAUUAUAGAAACAUAUUCACGCCAUGUGUUGAACGAGCUGGCUUCCUUGGCUGAAAUAUUACCAUCUAUGUCCAAUGUUGACAAGAAGAGAAGCAUUUUGGAUUGGUUGCUGCGGUCUCGGACGUACACCAUUAGGCUGCUUAUUUUAGCUAGAUGGAUUCACUUUUCUCCGCUUGUUCAUCGUUGCAUCGAUGUGGUCGCAUUCUUGCAAGGUCAAAAGUUUUGCUAUCAAAAUUUGGUACAUGUACUACAAACCAUACGCUAUCAAAUGUCUUUUGCUCGUUUACGAAAUGCGGACCUUCUAACUGCUUUGGAUCUCUUGUCUACAGGAACAAAUGUUCGUCUGUUGAAUGCUCCCAGCUCUCGUACAUACGUUCUGCCCCGUAAUGAAAUUUCUACGAAACAGGUUUUGCAAGCACUGCGAACGAUAAAUAUGAUUCUUCGAAUUCGUCUAGAUUUGCAUGAAGUGAUUCCCUCCCCUUUUCGAAAAUUCGUGAUUAAUAACGGACGAUGCACGUUUACUGUUCCUAAUGAAUUUUCGGUUUCAAUGACCACUAAUUCACAAGAUCCUACCUCCAAUACUUCUUCUUUUCAGUGGUUUGUGGUAGAUUUCAAUUUUCUACUCCCAAGUUACUCUUCCACCCCUUCUAAAUUCAAACAACUUGUCGAGCAUCAUGUGAACGAACAAAUUGCUUUACGCUUGGCCGAACAAAACCCCAUUCUUCCACUCGUUUAUAAUAUUAUUCACAAGUUUUGUGUUUUUCAACAACUAAAUAUUCUUUCCCAGGAAGCCUUUCAGCUUUCAAGGCAAAGUUGGCUUGGUCACUUACGCACUGUUUACGAGGAAAACGUUUCACAGAUUCGCUUAUAUUAUUGGCCUCAAUUUACGACGAGAAAAGACGGAAAAGUAGUCCCAUCAAAUCAUUCUAUAUGUAUUUGUACAGAAACACAGGAUACCCCGGCUCUGGAACGCAUCCUAAGUACCAGAAAGUCCAAUUGUGAUUAUGAACAUGUAAAUCUUAAAGCCAGAUGGUAUCACGAUGAAGAAGUUGAAACAAUUUCUUUGGAUGCUUCCGCCAGUACACAGGCAUUGUUGUUAAAGGUUACUAAGAUGCACGCACGACUAAUACUGGGGCAAAUUCAAAAAGAGCUGCAUCCAAAAAUUUUCAGUGAGUUGACUGAUAAUGAACUAAAAAUUCGCUUGUUUGAUCAUGACAUUAUUGUCAAGGUUAACAGCGUAUCAGGAAGACUUGUUCUGCUCAGAUCUAAUUCUCCUUUAUCACCACCUCGUUAUUUGCGUGCUGCUGAAAAAAACAUUGCUUUGAGUUCCCAGUCUGCAUCUCAAAUCCUUAAUCGACUCUAUUUCUUUUGCAUUCAAACUGAACUCACGGAAGUAGCUUUGUGUGCAGACUUGAUUUCCGUCCAAGGCUAUAUUUCUUUUCCAGAACUUGCUUUUACGAAGAAACUUUGGCGUAGGAGUGAUGACUUACUUUGGAUUCUGGCUUUCAACGUCGAAACUAUGGAUUGGUCUGCAAAGUUAGCCAACUUUGCAGGGCAAAUUGUUUUCUCACAAGCAAUUUUUACCACUGAAGGAAAUCUAAAUAUAGAAAGCUUCCAUCGGUUAGCAUAUCUUUUGGAAAUUCAAAGUUUACUUUACCAUGCCCAAAGAGCCUGCUAUGAACGUCGAAUUCCUUUUGAAUGUAUAUCUACACCCUCAAAGGCUCUUACUGAAAAUAACUAUACCCCUUUUGUCAGAACGGGAAGUUUGAGUAUAUCUAUGCCUACAAACAAUGCGGACCUCUGUCCUUUAGUUUUCAUCCGAGCACAUGAUAGUAUGAUAAUAUUUGAAGGAAGGAUCAUGCAUCGGCCUCCUUUCAAAGUGGAAGAGGAAACUUUCGGAACAUGUACAAUUAAUUGGAAAAAGGGCCGGUUCACGAUGCAUGCCACAAAGUUUAAUGAUUUUGAAAACUUCUGGAAUAGGAUUUGUAAAGUUUUGUCUUUAUCAAAAACAACUUGUUUUGAUGUUGAUUUGUUUACACUGAGGUUCGUUGAUUUUACUUAUCUAAAGCAAUACAAGUUCAGAGUGUCUAUCACUAAUGACGGGGCUUUUUCAAUAUACUUUUUUGAUCCUGAAAGUCCAUUUCAAUUAAUUGCACAUUACUUAAAAAAUAUAUUCGCAGACAACGCAUACGACAUGCAACCCUUAAAAAUCAUUAUGGAUAGAACCAAGGGAGUAUUAGAAGCACAAAAAAUGGGAUAUACUGUUUUGGCUCGUUCACUACGAGAAUAUCGAAUACUAUUCUCUCCGAGGCAGGGUAUUCAAGUUUCGUUAAAUCGUUUUGGAUGCCUGCUGCAAGAUAUUUACUCUUUGGUGACGCCGGCUGUAAAAUCCGAAUAUUCACAAAACCCAGUACAACCGUGGGAACCGUGUCAAUGGUUGAGCUCAGUUUGGGAAGGCGACUUAGGCGAUGAUGAACUGAACGGUCAGGUUGAGGCCUCUCCGGAGUUACACUUACUGAAGACGAUGAAGACAGCAGACUUGAGUGCCAUCAUAAAAAAGAUUUUAUCUAUUCCACGGAAAUAUUAG